AUGUCUAAAUGGACAAGUGACCAGGACUAUUUAGCUAGGAACGGCACACCUCAGUCAAAUUUCGUGGUUCCAGGAUCAUUUCCAUCAUCAACAAAAGAGAACCAAAGAAUUUCAUUCCAUAGGCAUAAUUUAUCUAACUCAUCAUCCCAAAGUGGUUCAAGAGGUGGUAAUUAUCAUGCUUAUAGAGACUUGACUCAAAAUAAUAGUGUUUCAUCUCCUAAAUCUAUACAUACAAGGUCGGAUAGUCAAACCAUACAAAACAACAUAUCACCACUAAUAAGAACAACGUCUAGAAAAAAAUCACAGACAAACUAUUUGAAACUUAUUCCACCUAUGCCUGAUCCAAGUUAUACUUCACCAACGCCUCCUCAACCGGUUCUGAAUAGACCAUCACAACAAGUUUCAAAAGAUCUAAGUUCUGCAAAAGUACAAAACUUAUAUAACAUCAAGAAUGAUCAAGUGCCAGCUCGCAACCAAACACAUACACAUAAUAAUAGUCAAAAUAAUAACCACAUACAUACACCUCCUCAAAAUAACUUGAAUCAAACUCAAAAAUAUCUUCAUGCUCCUCCACAAUUCAAUUUACCUCCACAACAACGACAACAGCAACAGCAGCAGCAGCAAAAUCAAAGAAGAAUCCCACCAAAAUUCAAUUCAAGCACGCCAAAUAGUGCUAACGUGGUUUCUAAUGGAUCAUCGCCAAAUACUGUUGCAACAAGAGGUGUUUCGUUAUGUGCUGCUUGUCAUAAACCUAUAACGACAAAAUCUGUGAAGGCUCUGGGUAAAAGGUACCAUACACAAUGUUUUGGUUGUGCAGAUUGUGGAACUCCAAUUUUAUCAAAAUAUUUCCCAUUUGAGAAACCUGAUGGUGAAAAAAUCCCAUUAUGUGAAGAACAUUUUUACAAAAGAAGAGGUCUAACAUGUUGUGUUUGUGAUAAUUAUUUAAAAGGUACACAUUUCACUGUUUUUGGUAGAAAAUAUGAUGCUGAACAUUUCUGUUGUAAAAUUUGUUCCAAAAAAUUUGAUACAGAUGAAGAUUUUUUCAAUCAUGAUAAUAAUAUUUAUUGUCAUUAUCAUUUCUCGAAAUUUUUCAUUGAUCGUUGUGAAGGUUGUGAAUUCGCAAUUUUAAAACAAUACGUUGAAAUAUUCAGAGGUGGUAGAAAUCAAAAAUGGCAUGUUGAAUGUUAUAUGAUUCAUAAAUGUUGGAAUGUUUCAAUUUCUCCUGAUAGUAUUGGUAUUGCUUCGUUACCUGUUAUUGAACCAACUGAAGAAAAUCUUCGAAAUUUGCCAGAUAUUAAUCCUACUCCUGAAGAAUUGGUUGAGAUGGAAACAAAGGCAAGUGAGAAAAUUUCAGAGAUUUGGAAUACUUUAUUCAAAUUUGAAGAAGAUACAGCAACAUGUAUUUCGGAUAUGCUUCAAUUUGCAACUAUUCAUGAUCAAAGAAAAGGUUUGAUUGCAACAGUUAGAUUAAUUUUGAAAAUUGAUGCUUUAUUUAGAAGUAUCGAUAGUCUACAUCGUCUUGGUAUAAACUCUGAGAUCAAUCAAAAGAAUUUGGAUAAAAUUUUAUCUCAAGAAGAUACUUUAAAAGCUGCUUCAUUUACAACUUUGAAAAAGGAACCAAGAAACCUUUCAGCUAAAAUCAUGAUUUAUUUAGCAAUUUUAAGAAAGGCAAGCAGAGGUGUUGCUGAUCCAGGUAAUGCUCAAGAUUUAAUUCUAUCUGUUGUAACAGGUUUGGCACAUUAUUUGAAACUUUUAAUACGAUAUGGGUUAUACAAUUCAUUACAAUACAAUAAAUCUUUCCAUACUACAAAUGCAUUAGACAGAUUCAUCAGAGAAAUUAAAACACAUGAAAAUGUUCCUGAAGAUCCUCUAGAUACUUUGGAUAUACCUUUAGAUGCAUCAGAUCUUUGUUUCCAUUGUCGCAAAAGUAUAGAAAGUGCAUGUGUUCAGUAUCAAGAUAAAAGAUGGCAUAUAGAGUGUCUGAACUGUACAAAAUGUAACAGAAAUCUUCAGGCUGCUGGUGGAGUUGCUGAUGCUUGUUUCAACUCUAGAUCCAAUUGGGUUUUAUGUGCUCAAUGUGCAACUGAAGAUCCAGAUGCAAGAACAGGUUUUAGAUCAGUAUCGAAAUUACUUCAAUUAGGAUACUUGCUGAAAAUUGCUAUCAUUCGUUCAAAAGCCGUUAUGGAUUAUGCAUUGGCUCAUAGAAAGAUUGACACCUCAACUGAUUAUAAUUUGGUUGAUAAGCAGGCUAGUGAAUUGAAUUAUAUGAAGACUCUCAAUGAUAUAAAGAGAUUAAGAUCAACAAGACAAAAUACUAGAAUCACUAACAAUGAAAGAGAAAAUGUUAGAAAAUCUGUUGUCAUUCAAACCUCUGAAUCAGGUUCAAAAGACGAUUUACCUAAACCAGGAAUGAAUCAACAAUUCAUGACUAGUGAAGAAAAUGUUACCAAGCAAAAGAUUACAGUAGAAGAUGAACCUGUUGGUCCUUCAUUAAGUAAAAAAUCUUUUAAUAGAGCUACAAAUUUCAUCAAUAAUCAAAAAGUUUUAACUCUUGAUGAUAUUCCUAGAAUUGUUGCCGCUGAACAUGCAAGAGAAUUGAGACCAAAUACAUAUAAGUUUCAUAAUCCUCAUCAAGAAGGUGAUCUUCAUAGAGAUAUUAAACCAAAACAUAACUCACUAAAUCGUGGUACUUCAAAUGCUAACCGCUCUGUUCAAAGUGAUAAAUUACCAGAUGCUGAUUUGAAAUAUUAUUCACAGUUGAGUGAUCAAGAACGUUUUGUCAUUACUCAUAUUUCUGGUGUUUUAAUUCGUAUAAUUCUUGAAAAACAAGGUAUCUCAAAAGAUAUUGAUGUUACAAAGUUUAUUGAACUAAAGAAAACUCCAACUUUUUGGGAAAAAUUAAGAUUAAUUGGUAAUUCUGAUAAGAAAAAUACUUUAACAAAAGUUUUUGGUACUGACUUGAGAGAUCUUACAGCUAAGACAGGUGUUGAUUCAUCUCAAAGUAAUGGUCCUUCUAAAGUUCGUGUUCCAAUGUUAAUUGAUGAUCUUUUAACAGCUCUUUACCAAAAAGAUAUGUCAGUUGAAGGUGUUUUCAGAAAGAAUGGUAAUAUCAAGAGACUAAAGGAAAUUACUAGUGAAAUUGAUUCAAAUCCAUCAAGAGUCCCAGAUUUAACAAAUGAAAACGCUGUUCAAUUAUCUGCUUUAUUAAAGAAAUUCUUAAGAGAAUUACCAAAUCCACUAUUGACAUUCAAGUUAUAUGACUUAUGGAUCUUGACACAAAAAGUUAAAGAUGAGAAUUUGAAACAAACACUUGUUAAACUCUCUUAUUCAUUACUUCCUAAAGAUCAUAGAGAUGUUGCUGAAGUUUUAUUAUUCUUUUUCAUGUGGACAUCAUCAUUUUCACAUCUUGAUGAAGAAAGUGGAUCCAAGAUGGAUAUUCAUAAUUUAGCCACUGUUCUUUCACCAAACAUUUUGUUUGCACAACCUGCUGAAGUAGCACGUCAACCAAAUGGAAGUAAAGGAGUUGCAACUACAUAUUAUGAUGCUUUCAAGGAAGGUGAAGGUGAGAAUUAUUAUCUGGCCAUUGAAGUUGUUAAUUAUUUAAUUGCUCAUAAUGAAGAGUUGACUAUUGUUCCAUCUUAUUUAUUAGAAAUUUAUACAUCUUGUGGAUUUGAAAAUGAUGAACAACUUACAUCUAGAGAUAUAUUUGCAAGAGUUGAAUCCGUUGUCAAAAAAGAUCCAUCAAUUAUUGAAAGAGUUAAUACUGAAUGGAGUACAGUUUCUAGUAGUACAAAUGGUCAAGUUGUUACAGAAUCUAAUCAUCAAGAACCAUUAGCAACUUCAAUUGAAAAUCCAUAA